UUUCCGGUGACAGCAGCGGAAUGACAACAUCGACACUCACGGCCCUUCCGCCGUUCAGGACGACUUCUAGUCAACAUCCAUAACAAAGAAGCUGUCUGUGAUUGGACUCCAGGGGUUUGUGUUUGAGGAGUUUCUUCUAUAUGAGCCACUGGGAGCAGCAGCAGCAGCAUGGCAGAUGACAAGGACGUGUUGAGGGACGUGUGGUUCGGUCGGAUCCCCACCUGCUUCACCCUGAACCAGGAUGAGGUCACUGACAGAGAGGCAGAGCCCUACUAUCUGCUGUUACCCAGGGUGAGCUACCUGACUCUGGUCACAGACAAGGUGAAGAAACACUUCCACAAAGCAAUGAGGGCCGAGGACGUGGAGGAGAUGUGGUUCGAGUAUGAAGGGACGCCGCUGAAAUGGCACAAUCCAAUUGGAGUUCUGUUUGACCUCCAUGCGUCCAACACUGUCCUACCCUGGAGCAUCACUGUGCACUUUAAGAAUUUUCCAGAACGUGACCUGCUCCACUGCCAGUCCAACUCUGUGAUCGAGGCUCACUUCAUGUCCGGCAUCAAGGAGGCCGACGCCCUCAAGCACAAGAGCCAAGUCGUCAACGACAUGCAGAAGAAAGACCACAAGCAGCUGUGGAUGGGCCUGCAGAACGAUAAGUUUGACCAGUUCUGGGCCAUAAACAGGAAGCUGAUGGAAUAUCCCACCGAGGAGGGCGGCUUCAGAUACAUUCCCUUCAGGAUAUACCAGACAACGAUCGACAGGCCGUUCAUCCAGAAGCUGUUUCGCCCCGUUUCACCUGAAGGCAGCGUGCACACACUUGGCGACCUGCUGAAAGAGAUGUACCCGACGGCUUUACCAACGGAUGGUGAGCCCAAGCGUUACCAGGUGGUGAUCCACGGCAUUGAACCUCUGCUGGAGACGCCUCUGCAGUGGCUCAGCGAACACCUCAGCCACCCCGACAACUUCUUGCACAUCUGCGUCAUCCCCGUCCCCUCCGACUGAGAGGCCACGCCCCCCUCGCUGUCACCGUGACGACCGACCGGCCCCGGGGCAACUCCGAAAGCGGUAAUGCUAAACGGCAGAAAAACUCUGAACUAACGAACUCUCUGACGAGAAGGAGAUCUUAUUGAUAGAAAGAUGAACAAAGGAUGUGAGGGAGCGAUUUAACAAAACCUCCAUCUUGUUGUCUAUUUAUAUUUCUACUCCUCCUACCUUCACCUCCUCCACUCCUCCUCCUCUCCACUCAGAAAACUUCUUUACAGGUGGGAAGGAUGAACUCCCAAAAGAAAAGAGACAUUUCUUUAUGUGAAGAGUCUCCAUCUCCUCCUCCUCUCCGAUCAAACAAACACAGAUAGAAGGAGAGGAGGUGAACGGAUGCCUCGUUUUCCCAUCAUGCAACACAUCUCCGUCCUUGUCCCGGUCCAAGAUAAAGACUGUCCCGUCGACAGGGAGACACGUUUGUUUGGGAUUUUGCAGAGAGGCGUAUCCUGCUGAAGUUGCCUUAGUUACCACGUUCAUGCAUUUUCCUUUUUCAAAGAAAAAGUCUGGUAAAGUUUCAUCACAGCCUGCAAACGUUAUCGUCCAACUCUCCAGGAACUUCACGUGCUUUGUUUUUUUUUACUUUUUACAGUUGAUUUCCUGUUGCUUGCAUUAACAUUUUGCUUCAUUUGAGAACGAGUGCUGCUGUUGAGAGAAGAUAUCAAUUUUUUUGUCAUUAUUAUAAUUAUUUGAAAAGAGAAAUGACAAAUGUGUCAUCGUACGGUACUGUUCCUGAAUUAGCAUUAAACUGCAGCCAAUUUUGUUUACUUUCAUUUUUCUUUUCUAUCCUCACCUGUAAGAUCGAACUUAUUCUCAUAAUUGAAAUACACUGAAAUGUUCCUUUAAUCGCUGCAUGCUCAAAACAAAUUGAUGAGCUAAAAAAUGUCAUUAAGCUCUUUGUUUAAACUUGUUUUGUUUUGCUGUCCUUGCAGAAAACAGGUGGAGAUACAGCAUUUUCACAGGGUGUCUUUUGAGACUGAACCAGCUAUUAACUAAAACCAAAAGGUGGGGUGGGGGGGUAAUGGGAGUAAAAACAAAUAAAAUAAUAAACUCCACACAUGUUUUCAAUAGCAGGUGUUGAUUUCUGUCCACCAAAAAAUAGUUGUUUUACAGUCUUUUUUUUGUCAGGUUUGGCUCGAGACUCUUUGUUUGCUGCCAAACUGAAAAUGAGCAUCUGGUUUUGUUUCAUUUUAAGAACUCGGCUCAGAUAAUGAGACAGCGGGCGCGAAUAACAUUAAGUCUGCAGGCUGUUGUGUGUGUGUGGGGGGGGGGUACAGUUGUUUAACAUGUCCUACUUAUGCUUUCAUCCUUAUGUUGUAUUUGGACAAAGUAUUCAUGACAUUUGACAGAACACCAUCGAGAGAUUACUUGGCAGGAAAUUGAAAUCGUAACUAAUCAAAUCAUUGUUUUUGUUUUUCUACAUCUGUUCAUACUGAAAUAAAAUGAGACUCAAUGCAUCAACUGGAUUUAAGUGUAAGAUACUUCCUUUUUUUACACAUUCCAGAUAAUCUUCUGUUA